AUGCAAAAAACAAACUUUCCCCGUCUAGAGAGGCAGUAUAAAGAAAUAUACUUCAUUUCCCUAGUCAUGCUUGUCAUAUGCCAGAGUGUAGUUUUUCCCUGUCUCUUGGUUAAAUUCGAACAGGCUACUUCUGGUUUGAAAGAAGAGAAGGCAGAGGAAAAGAAAGAAGUAAAGGCGGAAGAGAAGAAAGAAGAGAAGGCAGAGGAGAAGAAAGAAGAACCUAAACCACCAUCCCCAUUUGUCUUGUUUGUGGAUUUGCACUGUGUGGGAUGUGCAAAGAAGAUUGAAAGGACACUUCUUAGGAUAAGAGGAGUUGAAGGAGUUGCAAUCGACAUGGCUCAAAACCAAGUGACUAUAAAGGGAGUUGUGGAGCCUCAAGCAGUAUGCAACAGACUCAUCAAGAAAACCAAGAGAACAGCUAAAGUCUUAUCGCCAUUACCGGAAACUGAGGGUGAACCUCUACCAGAAGUUGUUGCCUCACAGGUUAGUGGAUUGGCUUCUUUGGAACUUAAUGUGAACAUGCACUGUGAGGCCUGUGCUGAGCAGCUUAAGAAAAAGAUACUCAAAAUGAAAGGUGUGAGGACAGUUGAAACCGAAUUAAGCUCUGGGAAAGUGAUAGUAACAGGCACCGUGGAUGCAGACAAGCUCGUUGAUUACGUCUAUAGAUGCACAAGAAAGCAGGCCAAAAUUGUCCCCCAGCCGGAACCUGAGAAGCCCGCCGCAGAAGAAUCAAAGCCUGAAAACAAAAAAGAAGAAAAACCAGCUGAAGAAGCAAAACCCGAAGAGAAACCACCGGAAGAGGGAACGAAAGAAGGCAAGGAGGAGCAAGGUGGUGAAAACAAAGAGGAAGCCAAGAAAGGAGAGGAGAUCGUUAGUGAUGAAAUGUCCAUGCAGAAAAUGAUGCAUUAUUAUCAGCCUCUUUAUUACAUUGAAAGAAUUCCCCCACCUCAGCUCUUUUCUGAUGAAAAUCCAAAUGCUUGUUGCAUUGCAUAAUCACUAAAAAUCACAGAUUAUUUUUUCUUUUCUUGUGAUUUUUGACAUAUCUAAGUCAUUAUCGAAUGCAAGGUUCAGUUUCUCAAUUAUAUUCGACUGAAUGAUGGUAUAAUAAUCAUUCUGUAAUUCCUGUUUCAUAUUUUAUACAUAUGAUUGAAGAGCUUAAUAAAAA